GAGGCCUUCUCAGUACGAGCCAAUGCAAAUGGGAAUGCUUCAAGGCGCCCGCUAGGCGGGGGCCUCGAGAUAUUGGAGGGGCGCGGCGGUUCCGUUGUCGUGCCCGGGCUAACGGUUGUAAAAGUCAGCAACCUGGAGCAAGCCCUCGAAGUCUUGAGGAUUGGCACUCUGAGCCGCACUUCUGGAGACAACGGGUUCAAUGCCUCCUCGUCCCGAUCUCAUGCAAUCUUCCAGGUAAUGCUGGAGCAGAAGCAGAAGCCUUCGCCUCUAAGCCGACCCGUGGCUCGGAGAGUGGCAAAGUUGAACCUGGUAGAUCUGGCAGGCUCCGAGAAAUUGAAGCCGGAGUCAACUCCCGUUGGAACCACGCUGCAGGAGCUUACCUGCAUCAACCUCUCGCUGUCUACUUUGGGCAAGUGCGUCUCUGCUAUAGUUCGCCAGAAGAGGACCCAUGUGCCAUACAGGGACUCGAAGCUCACUCGUCUCCUUCAAGAUGCGUUGAGCGGGCAGUCUCUGGCAGCCAUGAUUGUUUGCAUCUCGCCGCUCAUGUCUUCGCUUGAGGAGACAUUGAGCUCGCUGAAGUUCGCAGACCGAGCAAAGCAGGCAGUGCCUGGGAAGAUGGAAGUCAUGUCCAGAGAUCAAAGCAAAAGAGGCUGCAGUGUGGCAGAGGCGUUUGCGCACUUGGCUGUUGCAUGGGCUGAUUUGUUAGCAGCCUAUAUGCAGGUUCCGAAGAAGGAGCUGCAGGCAAGAGUGCAGGAGUUGUCCGUAGAGCUGCAGAACGAGCGGUCACAGCGGCAGCGACUGGAGCUGCUGCUGCAAAGCCGGCCGCCCGAAGAGAAGCCUCGGAGGUCCAAAGGCCAAAGCUUAGCCUUGCCGAUAUCUGCACGUCAGAGCUUCGAGCCGCGACGGCGUAGCUCAAGCUCCAAGCUGAAGUGGGACAUCGUGAAGCACCUUGCUACUCAGGAUGUAGAUCUGCUGACAACAGCUCUGGGUCUGGGAGAAGAGGACCGGGUGCCGCAGGCACGAAGGGACAUGGACUCCAUGCACAGCUCAAGCUCUUCUGCCAGCGAGCUCGAUGUGCCGGAGGUGCAGGAGGUGCCGUUGGACGGUUUAGGGCCCAUGCCCCGGAGCUCGGAGAAGUUCCGAGCACGAGGGAAGCAUGUGCUGGCCUACCUGCAACGGCUGGCGCAGCAAAAUGCAGAACUGCAGGCACGCAUGGAAGCCUUGGAGGGCAGACAAGAGAAGCCUGCCCGAGCCGCGUCCCUUGGGCCCGAAGGCUCAGUGAGGCGAAGACCUGGCGAGGAGCUCAGCCCCACGCCGCUCCCUCGAGAUCCCGAGGGCUUGGAGCUACAAAGCACGUCGCAGAAGGAGUUCUGCUUCGAGGCCUCGCCUCAAAGGGGUUCGAAGGAGACUUCUCCAAACCUGGGCUCCUGCUCACCAGCUUGCAGUGCCGAGACUUGUACGCCAGUGCCAUCGCCCGCCUCAUUGGAGCAGCGCCGGGAGCUGUUAAGGAAGGCCCGGGACGACAACGCAAGGGUCCGUGCCGAACUGCGGCAGCAGGACAACCUUGACAAGGGCCACUACAGCGACUGCGACCCGUUGCAUUCCGAGGUCAAGAAGUUGCAGGAGGCUCGCAAGCUUCUGCGGCAUAGACCUGAGUGA